UUUUUUUUUUUAAAUAAAAUUUGAAAUGCAUAAUGUAAAUAAAAUAAUACUCGAGUAUGUUUUUAAUACGUUUGUGAGAUUGAGAUUGUAUUUUGUAAUAAAAAUCUACUUUAAAAUGUAGUGUUAAUAAAAUUUGUGGACACUGGGGGGUUAAAAUGGCAAACAAUGUAUAUGAGACCUUCGAAUACAUAGAACAAAAUACAAGUCAAAAUGUAGCAAAUCAAAUAAUUGUAGUGCAGGCUGAUGGAACAUUUUUAUCUUUAAAUAAGACAGAACCAGUAUUCGAUGUCAAUCCACAGCAGUACUAUGUAGAUGUCGGUAACUCAUCUCAACUUAUGUCUGUAUCAGAUCAGCUUGUAAUGCCGGAUGAAGAGAAUUAUCUACUUAAUGAAGCUAACAGUGUAACAAAUGUGCAGCUGGCAGACUGUGGGGUCCAGGAACCACAAAUCCUCAGUAAUAUAGAUGUUCCGACCGCGACGCCCGUCAAUGUGGAUAAUAACUGUACACAGCUUACUAUAACCUCCGCACAGUAUCAGCAAUUAGAACAAAGAGGAUGGGUGCUUUUUGAAAAUAAUCACAAAAUAUAUUUACUCGAUAAUAAUAUGAGGCUUCGAGAUGUUACAGACAAUCAGGAAAUAAUACAGAAACUCAGAGCAGUACCUGCUAAUGAAACUCCUAAUGGUUACACACAAUCCACAAUCAGUGACUUUAUGCAAACUGGGGAUGAGACAGUACAGUACAACUGCAGCAUUCAAAGAGAUCUUGUUUCCGAAGAGAUCGCUGAACACAUCAAUCCACAAAAUUUAGAAAUGCAGCCAUAUGCAGCCGUUGCACGUUCUACAGAAGAUGAAACUGAUGAGAUUAUUGAGGAGAAGGUUCCAGAUCUUAUGCCCGCUGAAAGUGAUUUUCUGGAGACAACGAUCAACGAACUGUCCGAGAAAUAUGAGAAGAGCGACCCAAGAAUUAAUAGUAGUACUAUUAAAAUUAAAACCAAAUUUGCUUUGAAAGAUAUUCCACCAGAGAUUGUACUAGGUAUGACAAUGAAUGGAAAGAAAUUAGUGGCAAGAAUCGCGAAGCCAGAAAAGCCAGUUGUGGAAAAGAAGAAAAAACCUAAAUCAGAUAAAAAACUAAGAAAUAUUAAUCACAAAGAGUAUCCACAGGUGACUGCAUUCAACCCGAAGAUAGAGAGUUUAAUUCAGCAAGCAAUAAAGGGACAGAUGAUAACGUUUUCUGAAGAAGAUGCUGUAAAAGAGACCGACAGUGUGAUACAACAAUUGUUGAGAGUACCAGCCUUCAAACCGGCAGUACUUGAACGAAAUCUCAUUAUAACCAAGGUCGUAAUCGAAGACAAUGAUGAUGGAGUAAAAGAAUGUGAACCAGUGAUAUUACCAGGACGGGUUGUGAAGGGAAAGGAAGAUACCUGGGUCUUUCAGUAUAUAUCGGAUAUGUUGCAGAAGAUUAAUAAGGAUGAGAUAAAUAAGAAACACAAGGGAGGAAGCAACGACAUAAACUUUUUACAAAUACACGUGCAGGAAGUUACAGUUGAUAAUGAGGUGGCGAGGGCGUCCAUCAGCCUCCACAAGAGAAUUAUUCUUCUGAAGCCAAAGAAUAUUGCACAAAAAGUAAAAGUUAAAGAAGAGACCCAAUCAGCGCCUAAAAUGCAGCGGAAGUAUGCGUGUGGCGCAUGCGUACAAUCGUUCGACACUGAAUACAGACUACGAGUACAUCAACAGGUACAUUGUAAGGAACGAAACGACGUGCGGCCCCUGAGCGCCGAACAAGACGUCUCUUAUAAAAUGAUUAAAGUCGGCACGAGGAGACAGUACGUGUGCACCAUGUGUGAUAUACGAACGGUAAAACUGAACGCGAUACAGCGGCAUGUCAAAUGUCACCUGGGCGCAGAGGCGGUAGUGACCCCCUCCACCGGCAGCAGCCUGGUGGAGGGGGGCGGGCGGCCUCACCGGUGCCGGAUGUGCUCCGUCACGUACCUGCAUGCAGCCACCCUGUCCAAACAUAUUCUAACGAAACACAUUAAAGUGAUGAAACAAGAUGGCGGCUCCCUACAGCAGGACCCGCCGUUUUAAAUCUUGAAUCUCUUACAGAAUAUUUCUGUUACACUUUCAAGGACUGUUUUAACUGUUGUUCUGUAAAGAACCACAGUUAAACCAGUGCAAUAUUUAAAGGCACACAUUCAAAAUAAACUGCAUUUUUUGACGGUCGGCCCUUUUAAAUAUAAACCAAAGUUUAAACUUCCGGGAUGUAAACUUGAAAUUGUUAAUCAGAGCGUAAAUACGUACAAAUGUGUACUCUCCUUCUUAAGUCCCGAAAUAUCAUAUAUUUUUUUUGUUUUUUAUUGAUAUUCUAUUAUCUAUAACACUUAAACCUAUUGUUCUAGUUAUUGUAUUAUGGCGUUUGCGGUAACGAGUGUGUUCGAUGGCGGUGGUGGUGUGAGCCAAUGCUCAGCACCACAGUGGUACAACCACCCACCAGUACCAGAACCUAGAAAUAUGAGUGUGGUGAUACUGCUCUCUGCCUACCUCUCGGGAUAUACCUGAGUGUAUAUCCACUUAUAUAUAAUAAAAAUGGUGUUUGUUUGAGGCUCAAUCACGCCUAAACCAGCGAUCGUAUCGACAUGAAACUACCACCAUUCGAUGAUGGUUUGUGGCUACUUAUUUUUCGAAUUCCAACAUUCCUUCAUUAAUUUAUUUCCUUUCUAAAUUAGCCCAGCGAAACGGGCGGGUACGGCUAGUGUGUAUAUAUAAUUAGGAAAUAAGAUCAAAAAGGGUUUUUAAGCUUCUAAGAAUACAUUCCAAACAACACAAAGACUAAUAUUCGAAUAGAAAUCGGGCAGAGUAACGUCCUAACUAGUCAACGGUUGCAGCGAUAAUAUGUCGCCUUUUAUAGACGUCUUCAACCUGUCCGCCUGUCACUGUCAACGAGUUUCGGUGAGAUGUUCACAGUCCGACAACAAACGAAGUAAUGGUCACCACACACGUGAUGUCUUCUCAUGCGCGCCCGAAGGGCGCGUGGGGGAUGAUUUUCGGGGCUUAUUUGCCCCCUGAAUCAGGUUUCUAGCGCUGGGCAUAAAUAUGCCCAGGUCAUCGGGUGGGGGUGCGGGUGCACCCCUUUGUGGUCAUCUUCUUCUUGAGAUGGUGGGGGAGCGGAUGCUCCCCUUUGAGGUCAUCUUCUUCUCUGAGUUGGAUGGGGAGCGGAUGCUCCCUGUUCCUUUUUUGAGCCGCCUGUCACGAGCGUGUACCAUGCUGGUGCUGCGUACGUGAGGUGGGAUCGGAUGUAGAUCUUGUAGACCCCACCUUGUUCUUCAGAGGGAGGCUGGAGGAGCGCUGCGGCGACGGUGGCCUUCGUCACAGUGUCUUCGACGUGCUGCGUCAUGUUGAGGCGACGAUCGAUCGUGACUCUGAGGUAUUUAACCGUCGAAGUCCACGGGAUGUCCUCUCCGCAGAACUUCAGCUUCUGUAGGCUAAUGGACUGCCUGUAUAGGCAGAUAGCUUGUGAUUUGCCGAGAGUCGCCAGCUUUUCAGCCAGGCUGGUAGUUCGUCCAGCUGGCACUGCAUCUUCAACGCGGCGUGUUUCGAUGUGAGUGAAGUGGUGAUGUACGCCGCGUCGUCUGCAAACAGCGCCAGAGUGAUGGAAGCUCCGAGUGGGAUGUCGUUUGUACACAGGGCGUACAACAGGGGAGAAGGGCUACUGCCCUGUGGUACGCCCGCGCAGAUCUUGUGCGGUGGUAUUAUAUGAUGGUCGAUCCGCACUCGGAACCGGCGAUCUUGUUGUGCGCGCCACUGUGCCGGCCUUCUUGUUGCGUGCCUCCUGUUUGAAAACGGGGUACGAGGAGUUGUUGGCCGGAUGGAGGCCUCCGCAAUUUGCACAUGUCGGAGGCUCUGAGAGUGGGGCGCGGGCACUCCUUGGGAGUGUGCUCCUCGAUCUCUUCUGGUUCAGUCAUCACCGGCAGUCCCCUGACCGCUACUUUAAGAGUGCGGUCUGCCGGCAACGAGUAGCGAAAGAUUUUCUCUACCUUUUCCUGGUCCGUCAGGUACCUUUGGAUGAGGCGGUACUCGCCCUCAUCGCUAGGGGUGAACCUGACCUCUUUGCCAAAGGGUCGGGCGCUGGGCGGGCGGCCCAGUUUCUCUGUCAGGACCCGGAAGUGGUGUGUCCAGUUUGGCAAGUCUUCGCAAACUAGUGGUGGGAGCUUACUCCGGGCGGCAGGCUUUGUUGGAGUCGCGGUCGCGGUCACCGUCGUCGUCGCGGUCGCGGUCACGGUCGCAGGGGUUUGCACCAUACGGGGCGCGCGGCCGCGGGUGUGGGGGGGCCUAUGGGAGCUGCCGCUGUUUGCGCGUGAGUCACAGGCGGGAAGGACGGCCCUACCUGAGGCUCAUGUCGCUGUAGGCGCGGGUCCCUUUUGGUGUAUGACGGUGGCGAGGGUACGUCACACCGUCUCUUAUUGGCUAGUUCGUCCUCGCUAUUGGAGUCGGGACGACGGCGGCGCGAAGCGGAAGCGACUUCGAAUGGUCACCAACUGUUCUGCUACCGCUUAUAUAGCAGUCUGUCGGCUGCAAGUGAAGAGAGGUGACAUCACGUCUUGAUGAUUUUCUUGUGUUCCUAAGAAUAUAUAGUUUUAUGUUAAUAUUUUAAACAGUUCAAGACGUUCUCAAUCUUUGUUAUUAUAUUUAUAUUUAGCUGUAUAAAUUUUCGCUGAAAAAAUACUACAGAUAGAUUAAGGUAAAAAUGUUUGAUGUUUAUUACAUAUUUGUACAGUAUAUUAGACGUGUACUACUCAUCUAUACUUGGUUAUAUUAGAUUGUUUUAAAAUAGGCUCCUUUUUGAAGUGAAACUUCUUUAGAAUCGUUGUGAUUUAAAACUGGAUUAAACGAAAAAGCGAGCCGAUAUGAAAUUGAAAUUAUAUUAUUUGCAGAUAGAUAUUUUUGUAUUUGAUAGAGACACAAAUAGGUAUUUGUAUAGGAUUCAGCCGGCAAAAGAAUGGGAUAGAAUGCAUUACACGUUCUCGGUCUAUAAAAAUGAUUUAAAGCGACAGUAAAAAGAGACAGACACAUUCAUAAGAUUUAACGUGGGAGAAAAUGAGACAGGUAGCAUUAUACGGUGUUUUGAUACCAAGCGAUCAUCGUUGAAGAAGAGAUUGUCUUAUGUAUGACGCGAGUAUACCUUAAUAUAUUAUGAUGUUAUGCCCUCGACGUUUUACUAUAUAGACACCAGGAGAACAAAUAUGGUAGCAGUGAUAGUAAUGCCUUUCAUAGCGGUUGAAAACCAUAUUAAGACCAAAGUAUUUAUUGCAUAGUUUAGUUACCAUAAGCAUCUUGUAUCAUAUUUUAUCGAAAAUGUAAGCUCUGAGUGUGAAUAAAUCUAUGUAAUAUAUACGAAUAAAAUAUAAAAUAAUUUCGAACUUUGUA